AUGAAACUCUACGGCGCUACGAACUGUGCGGAGUGGUCAGCUCAUAUGUUCGACCAUAUUGACGGAUCUUUCUCGAAGCCUGCAAAUAUCAGCUCCAAAACGUCUCAUCAAACCAUCGACGAUUGGAUCAAGUACGAGCGCAAGAAUACUCAUGCCCGCAAGCUCAUCAUCGAGGCUCUCAGCGACGACAUCUACGCUGAGCUCUUCACCGGGAGAGGUUCGGACGACGCGCUUCUCUCGGAUGCUAAGGCUCUGUGGGAUGAGCUGAAGAGGCGCUUCACAGAACCCGACAUAUUCCGCACGAACUUCGCUCUGCAUCGCAAGCUCGCUGCUCCCCUUCAUAUUCAGACUUUCGUGCGCAACAUGGCGCACUUGAACACCCUCGCUCGGACUCAUGGACUGGAGGAGAUGCCGGAAUGGUAUCAGUCUGUCAUGCUGGUGGCGAGCUUGAAGGGAAGGCAGGGGUAGCGAUGGAGCACCACCGAGCCUGUACGAGGCAUUCAAGGAUGCGAAGAUAAAGAGCUUGGGAAAGAAG